AUGCUCCGUAGAAGGUCGGGACUUCGAGAAAGUAAAGACCUUAGCUACUCUUGGAGUUCGAGAGGCUCAGAGACACCUACGUACGGCUCAGAUAAAGACGGUCAAAGUAUCGGGUGGAAUUCGACUUUUGUGGGAGCGGAUUUACCCUCAUUUGCAGAGAAACUCUCUGCUCUUCUAUGCCUUCCUCAUUCCCGUUUCUUCGACGCAUGUUGCCUCCACGGCGCGCAUGUGUGCGUCGACCCGUUUGUUUGUUCCAACAAGGCGAACGCGUGCCGGUUUCUCUAG